GUUCCUGAAGGACUACACGGUGCGGGUGCAAAUCAACGACUACCUGGACAUCUACUGUCCACACUACGACAACCAGGUCCCCGCCGAGCACACCGAGAGCUUCGUCCUCUACAUGGUGGAGCGCGACGGCUACGAGGGGUGCUACCAGACCCCCAAAGCCUUCAAACGCUGGGAGUGUAACCGCCCCCACGCACCCCUGGGGCCAAUCCGCUUCUCCGAGAAGAUCCAGAGGUACACGCCCUUCUCGCUGGGCUUCGAGUUCACCGCCGGGAAGGACUAUUAUUACAUCUCGAUCCCGGAUGCAGACAGUGUUGGAGAUUGUAUGAGGCUUCAUUUGACCGUCUGCUGCGCGCCCACCACUGUGCAGCCGCUGACGGAGGUCCCGAAGUCUGAGCCCAGAGGAGGUGGGGGAGGGAGGCUGCCCUCCCAAGGAGGGUCUCCCGGGGACAGGAACUCCUCCUUCCAGGUCCACGUCUCUUCGCUCCUCCUGACGCUCUGCCUCUUCCUCCUCGUCUGCUUCUGACGCACGCUGCCCAAGGAACGGACUGUGUGGACCCGCCCAUGCUGCGUCUGCCCCUCCUUCUUCCCCUCCCACUCUGGAGCCAACAUUAUGGAAUCAUACCCCCUCCCCCGCUCUGGAUCUAUUGUGCCAUUUUGUUUUUAUUAUUGUUCUGCGUGGGUGGAGACAUUCGGGGACACGCCGUGCGGAGUUCCGCCAGCCGCAUCAGUUGCACAAUUAUUUUAUAUUUUUUAUUUAGGAGAACUUCGGACUCCCCUCAGACAUAAAUAUCUAUUUUUUUAAUACAAACCUAAGUUUAGAAAUUCAGCACUUUACGGCGAGGAGCGAAACGUCGCCUUAUGGAGGAAAAUCUUCCCUUUUGUGCCUUUUUUAAUGAACAAUGACCCCGCCCCCGAGCUGGAUGAUCAACCCCGGCUGUAGAGACCUCCGCCUCUGGGACUCUGGCUCCGCCUUUUGUGGCUCCAAGCUCCACCUAUCCUGCAGGUGGGUGAUAAUCUCAAUGAGUCCGCCUACCCUGAACUGUACCUGUGUAUAAAUGGUGGCUGUCUGCCCCGCCCCCUCGGAGCCCGGUCAUGUCAUCUGAUUGUGUCGGUCUCUUCUCUUGCAGUGUAUGGGUCCCCUCUGUCGCAGAGUACCGGGCCGAUCGCCGCCGUAACACGACGAGAGGUGUCCUCAUCAAAGACACGGAGCGGCGCCACCCCCCCCCCCCCCAGGCGGGUUGCCAAUCAUUGGCUGUGGAUGGAAAGGGGCGUCGGCCAUGUUGGGGGAAAUCUCACAGGCGGAGCACAACAAUCGGAUCUGAUCACCGCCGGCGUCUCACGUCUGAUGGACAGGCAAUGGAUUUCUAGAACUUUCACUGCCCCUCCCUUUUCUGGGCUCCGCCCCCGAGGGGCGAUAUGUUCUCUGGAGAACAGGAUGUGUCUUCUGUGAAGAUGACGAGUUCAGUAUUUGGCUGUUUACAGAAAUUUUUGUAUAGAUUUAUGUGGAGAAUAUUUUCUUUUGUUUUAGAAACUGAGCCAAAAAUAAAAUAUUGUGACCACA